AUGAUACCUAAUCAAUUAAAAUUCUUUCUUGAUCCAACUAGUUGUAAACAAAGAGAUGAUCCUAAAGAAUACUUUUUCAGUGUUGUAGCAAGUAGCUUGUUAAAGGAAACUAAAUACUAUGAAACAUCAGAUGGCUCAAGAGAUAAAUUGAUAGCAACAAUGAAUACAAUUGCAAACAUUGAUCCUGAGUUUAUAUUAUAGGUGGCUUACUAUGUUAGAAAUCAAAUGUAUAUCAGAAGUAUAAGUAAUUUCAUCCUUGCAUUUUCUACUCUACAUCCUAAAACUAAACCAUUCUGCUCAACAUAUAUGUGUCCAACUAUGUUAAUACCUGGUGAUCUGAUUGAAGUUUGCUAAUUUGUUCAAGUCAUUUCCAAAUACAUCAGAAAAUAAUUAUAGUUCCCAAAAAUAUUGUAAAAGCAGAUCCAAAAAAAACUUACUCAAUUCAAUGUUUAUCAACUUGGUAAACAAUGUUCGGAUGGUAGUAGAAAAAAGAACAUUAAGAAAUACCAGGAAAUUCUCAAGCCUGAUCUCAAAGAUAAGAGAAGAGAGAAAAGAUUAUUGAAAUUAAAAUUAAUUAGAGACUAAAUCGAAUCACAAGGACCAGAUGUUAAAACCCAAUUCGAAAUCAAAGCCAUCUAAAAAACUAAUAGAUCUAAAAAAAAUAAAGGAAGACAUAUGAGGAACCCUCACAUCAAUUAGGUUCAAGAAAAACUAAAUGUUUUUGAUACUAACUUCUUAAAUUUAAAGGAUAUCGUCACAUUUAGUCAUGUCAAAGAGCCUAGAAGUCUAGUAAUGUCAAUUUUAGGAGUUAAAUAUCCAAAAACACUAGAAGAAUUUGAAAAGGAAUUUAAAGAAGAAAAAAAGUUGUAAUUUGAGCCUGAAAGAGCAGGUAAAAGAAUGUCGAUCCCCAUUCCAGUCACAUGGGAUAGAGAAUUAAGUAAAGGAUUAAAUUCAAAGAGAUAAAUCUGGGAAGACUUAAUCCAAAAAAAUCAGGUUCCUUAUUUAGCUUUGUUAAGAAAUCUAAGAAAUAUAUUGAAAUCAGGUGUGAGUGAUGAGGCACAUUUGAAAGUUGUUGAGAAAUUAUCAAAUUUGAAAUAAGUUGAAAAUUCAAAGGUAUUUCCACUCCAAUUCUUCACAGCUUUGAAUGAAAUUGACAAAUUGAAAGUCAAUAAAUAAUCAAUUCAGAAGGAAGUUAAAUAAUAAAGAGAAAAAAAGGAGAGGGCAAAAGAAUAAGUAAAACCAAAGAAAGAGAAAAAGGAAGUGUAAAUUGAGGAAGAAGUAGAUGUGCCUCCAAAAGUAAUUUAAUCUUAUAAAGAUGCCAUUGAAAAGGCAAUGAAAAUAGCCGUUGAUAAAAAUUUAGAAACUAUUUCUGGUGUUACUUAUGUAUUUGUUGAUGUAAGUGGAUCAAUGCGUAGUCCUAUUAGUGGAGGGAAGAAGUACGGAUCAGUUAAUCAAUGUUAGGAUUGCGCUUUUGUUUUGGCACAUUUGAUAAGAAUAAAAUGCGAAAAAUGUGAGUUUUAUUUAUUUGCUGCUCCUAAGAAUAAUGUUCCAUAUACUAAAGUUACUUUUGAGAAUGAUACUUUAUUAGAAGGUAUACAAAGAUGUUAACAAAAGAGUGGAGAAUUAUGUGGAUCUCAUGAAAUGAUUGGAUAAACCAUCAAUGAUGUAUUAUUAGUUCCAAAAGUCAGAGCUGAUAAUGUAGUUAUAUUAAGUGAUAUGAUGGUAACAUAAGGAUUUUCAGAAACUGAAUUGAGUAUGGAAAAAGUGUUUAAAGACUAUUUAUAAAAAGUGAAUCCAGAAGCUAAAUUCUUUUUCAUGGACAUCUCUGGUUAUGGCUAAUAAGUUAGUUUUGGCGAUGAUCUCAAAAGUAAAAAUUGCUUUCUCAUUAAUGGGAUGAGUGACAAUGUAUUGAAAUACAUCUCUUACGCAGGCAAAAUUAAUCAACUCGAGGAUGUUGUGGCCUUUAGCCAAGAGUUGAAAGCCAAAUAGCAAGUUUAGGAAUUGAAGAACAAUGCCUAGAUUGCCAAACCUUAAUAAAUUGAAACUGAAUGAUUUUGUAUAUAAUUCCUAAAUAAUAAUAAUCUUGCUUC